UUCGGCUCAACAGACGCUGCUCAGCCGGCGCCGGGGAGCGACGUCGCCGUUGUCGCCGCGGCCGGGGCUGGGACGAGGAGGCGGCGGACGGGACGCAGACGGUCGUUUCCUCGCAGUGCGGCCGCGCCGGCCGCGCCGGGGUCCCCUGGAGGCGGCGCGGGGCGUGAAUGCUCCGGGGCUCAGCCAGGCCUGCGCGGGCCCGAGGCCGGAGGAACCGCGGCCCCGGCGUCGCGAUUGGCUCCAAGAGGUAAGGGGUGCUGCUAAGGUGUUCCUGAGAGUGUGUUAGGAAGUUAUCACAAGAAAGAGGCAUUGAGAAGUGGGAGUCGAUUGCACAGACUAUUCUUGUGUUUUCUGGCAUCUUCCCAUGCAGGUCUCACAGGUUCUUGCUGACACCUCUUAGUUCUACUUCUUGAACACUUAUGAAUAACCACGUGUCUUCAAAACCAUCUACCAUGAAGCUAAAGCAGACCAUCAAUCCCAUUCUUUUGUAUUUCAUACAUUUUAUAAUAUCACUUUAUACUAUUAUAACAUACAUUCCAUUUUAUUUUUUGUCUGAGUCCAGACAACAGAAAUCAAACCAAAUUAAAGCAAAGCCUGUAAAUUCAAACCCUGAGUCUGCAUACAGAUCUAUUAAUAGUUUGGAUGGUUUGGCCUCAUUAUUGUACCCUGGAUGUGAUACACUGGAUAAAGUUUUUAUGUAUGCAAAAAACAAAUUUAAGGACAAGAGACUUUUGGGAACACGUGAAAUAUUAAAUGAGGAAGAUGAAAUACAACCAAAUGGAAAAAUUUUUAAAAAGGUUAUUCUGGGAAAUUAUAAUUGGCUGUCUUAUGAAGAUGUCUUUGUCCGAGCCUUUAAUUUUGGAAAUGGAUUACAGAUGUUGGGCCAGAAAGCAAAGACCAACAUCGCCAUCUUUUGUGAAACCAGGGCCGAAUGGAUGAUUGCUGCACAAGCAUGUUUUAUGUAUAAUUUUCAGCUUGUUACAUUAUAUGCUACCCUAGGAGGUCCAGCCAUUGUUCAUGGAUUAAAUGAAACAGAGGUGACCAACAUUAUCACUAGUAAAGAGCUCCUACAAACAAAGUUGAAGGAUAUAGUUUCUUUGAUCCCACGCCUGCGGCACAUCAUCACUGUUGAUGGGAAGCCACCGACCUGGUCCGAGUUCCCCAAGGGUGUCAUUGUGCACACCAUGGCUGCAGUGCAGGCUCUUGGAGCAAAGGGCAGCAUGGAAAACAAACCUCAUAGCAAACCACUGCCCUCAGAUAUUGCAGUAAUCAUGUAUACCAGUGGGUCCACAGGACUUCCAAAAGGAGUCAUGAUUUCCCACAGCAACAUCAUUGCUGGUAUAACUGGAAUGACGAGAAGGAUUCCAAAGCUGGGAGAGGAUGAUGUAUACAUUGGAUAUUUGCCCCUGGCCCAUGUUUUAGAAUUAAGUGCUGAGCUUGUUUGUCUUUCUCACGGUUGCCGCAUUGGCUACUCUUCACCACAGACUUUAGCAGAUCAGUCUUCAAAAAUAAAAAAAGGAAGCAAAGGGGAUACAUCCAUGUUGAAACCAACACUGAUGGCGGCUGUCCCGGAAAUCAUGGAUCGGAUCUACAAAAAUGUCAUGAAUAAAGUAAAUGAAAUGAGUAGUUUCCAACGGAAUCUGUUUAUUCUGGCCUAUAAUUACAAAAUGGAACAGAUUUCCAAAGGGCAUAGUACUCCACUUUGUGACAGCUUUGUUUUCCGCAAAGUUCGAGGCUUGCUAGGUGGAAAUAUUCGCCUUUUAUUGUGUGGCGGUGCUCCACUUUCUGCAACCACACAGCGAUUCAUGAAUAUCUGUUUUUGCUGUCCUGUUGGUCAGGGAUACGGACUCACUGAAUCAACCGGGGCUGGAACAAUUACAGAAGUGUGGGACUACAAUACUGGCAGAGUGGGAGCACCAUUAGUUUGCUGUGAAAUCAAAUUGAAGAACUGGGAGGAAGGCGGAUACUUUAAUACUGAUAAACCACACCCCAGGGGUGAAAUUCUUAUUGGUGGCCAAAAUGUGACAAUGGGUUACUACAAAAAUGAAGCAAAAACAAAAGCUGAUUUCUUCGAAGAUGAAAAUGGGCAGAGGUGGCUCUGUACUGGAGACAUUGGAGAGUUUGACCCUGAUGGUUGUUUGAAGAUUAUUGAUCGUAAAAAGGAUCUUGUAAAACUGCAGGCAGGAGAAUAUGUUUCUCUUGGGAAAGUGGAGGCAGCCUUGAAGAAUCUCCCACUUAUAGAUAACAUUUGUGCAUAUGCAAACAGUUACCAUUCUUAUGUCAUUGGAUUUGUUGUGCCAAAUCAAAAGGAACUAACAGAACUAGCUCGAAAGAAAGGACUUAAAGGGACUUGGGAGGAGCUGUGUAACAGUAGUGAAAUGGAAAAUGAGGUCCUAAAAGUGCUUUCUGAAGCUGCUAUUUCAGCAAGUCUGGAAAAAUUUGAAAUUCCAGUAAAAAUUCGUUUGAGCCCAGAACCAUGGACCCCUGAAACUGGUUUGGUGACAGAUGCCUUCAAGUUGAAACGCAAAGAGCUUAAAACGCAUUACCAGGCGGACAUUGAACGAAUGUAUGGAAGAAAGUAAAUUAUUCCCUUUUGGCAUCAGUUUGCUAACAGUGAGCUCAGAUCAAAUAGGAAAAUACUUGAAAUGCCUGUCUCAAAUUGUGAGGCAAACUCCAUUCCUCAUAUUAAGCCUAAACUGUUCUUUCUCAUGACAUCACCAUUUUUAACUGACAAGAUUAGUAAAAUGUUAAGACAGCAAACUUGUGUCUGUCUCUUCUUUCUCCCUCCUCCAAUUUACCACCUACAGUUGUACUUGUCAGUAGGAGAAUUUUUCUGAAUCAGAUUGGGGAAGAAGUGAUUUUAAAACCUCAAGUUUUUAAACAUGAUUUAUAUGUUCUGUAUAAUGUUCAGUUUGUAACUUUUUAAAGUUUGGAUGUAUAGAAGGAUAAAUAGGAAAUAUAAGAAUUGGUUAUUGGGGGGCUUUUUUACUUAUUGUAUUUAAAAAUACAAGGGUAUCAUUGUGAAAUUAUGUAAAUUUCAAAUGCUUAUGAAUCAAAUCAUUGUUGGAUGAAAGAUUUGUUGCUGUGUAAUUAUUGUCUUGUAUGCAUUUGAGAGAAAUAAAUAUACCCAUAUGUAUGUUUUAAGAAAUUGAGAACUUGUGAAUAUAUGCCUGACAGUGUCUUCUUUAUAUAUUUACUUUUUAUUAGGAACAAAUGUAGUUUGGUUGGCGCUGCAUGACACAAAUUAGCAGUAGAGAGGGACAUGAUUUAGUAGUGCCAGAGACAACACAGCAAGUGCUGCACCAGGUGAUAAUUGGUCUCUAGUAGGUCACUAUCACAGUGUUUUCUGUUUAGCUGUUGAAAUUAGGAAAAUACCCAAAGUUAAAUGGGAGCAAUUCUGAAAGACAAGGUAGAAUUUUAAGAACAAAGUAUAGAAAUUGUUUAUUUGGCCAUAUGUACAUUUAGUUGUCUACAUGAACACAUUAGUUGUGGAAAAUUAUUCUACCCCAAAGUCUUCUACAUUUAUUCUAGAUAAUUAAUUUUAAAACUAGGAGUUUUAGAGUGUGUGUGUGUGUGUGUGUGUGUGUGAGAGAGAGAGAGAGAGAGAGAGAAACAUUCAGGGGUGGUAGCUUAUACGAAAAAGCAACUUUCUAUACUAGAAAACGAAGUAAUUUAGAAUGCUUCUGAUAAUAGCAUUCUCAUGAAGAUACAAGAGAAUUUAGCUUUAUAAUGAGGAGAGUUAAGAUUUGAUUUAUAGAUUUUCAUGUCAGUGUAGUUGUGACUCAAAAAAAUUACUUAUAUGUAGUCUUUCAUAUGUAUUGCUUGUCUUGUUAAUUCUAGAUAUUGAUAAUAUAGUAUCACUUAUAUGCUCAAAUUAGGAUUUAAAAACAUCACAAGCACCACAUUUUUCCUGUCAGACUAGCUAUUUUCUUGAUUCUGUUACUUUAGGCAGUAAAAGGCAAAAAAAAAGAAAAAGUAUGAACAUAAAUCUGUUCACAUGGUAGUGGGUGUGUUGAGAGGCGC